AAAACACACAACCUAUGUGUCUGAAUCUAACCAGGAUGUUUUUUUUUAUCAUGUAUUUCUCCCUAGUAACCACAAAGCGGCAGUGUGGUUUCAUGACAACUGUAUGUUACCUUAUCGCAGUCCAAGUCCCGGCAGCCAGCGUUCAGCUCAGUAGUCCAGACAAACGAAAGCCAUUUGUUUGAGUGUAGUACUCUCGUCAGACUGGAAGGUCUCACGGUGCUGUUCAGUCGCAUACGCUCAGUGUCCUUCACGGAAGCUCUGCUCUGAAGGACACACGGUGACAUUUGUGUAGUGUUUGUCUCUUUAAGGAGCGGGAGGAGGCGUUGUGUGUCGGAGCGAUGUAGCCUGCUUGGCCGUGUGGCCCACCCCACCUGCUCCCUCCGGCCGUGGACGACAGGAGCUGGGAUGCCGAUGCUGUCAUCAGGAAAUGAAAGUUAAACAUUAUCUUUAUUUGGAAGAUAUUUUGGGGGAGCACAUCUUGUUAGAAGUCUGCUGGCUCGCUGAAGAAUUGUCAGUUUUUUGAAUCCUCACCCAAACCGACCCACCCACUCCCACUGUGGAAUCUCAAGCCAUCUUCAUUAUCAUUGUCAGAGAUAACAGGAAAUGGAACAAGACAACAUGAGCCAAAGCCAGAUGCCAGCAGGAAACCCCACUGGAGUGGAGGAUUCAGUAACAUCGCAAACUCCUGCUCCAAAUCCAUCAGAUCCAACACGUGAGCCCACGGCUAUGCCGCCUGCCGUUAUUGCCAGGCCUCGUCGGCCCCAGAGGAGUGCCAGAGUAGAAAGUUCCGUAGACAUAUCCGAACCCAAAGCUGAGCCCACACCAGUGGAUAACCAGGGCCAUUGUGCUCCUGAUGGUUCAGCAGCAAGUCGUGCAAAGCCUGCUUCCAGUCCCCCAAUCAGAACCUCAGGGGAUCGACCCAGCAUCAAGGCUGGUCCUAAAGGUCCAGGACACCAGGCAGUCAGAGCUGCCUCGGUACCCCACCCACCUGCCAGCAAGCCUCUACCCUCUCACCUUAACCCUCACGCCCAGAGAGCUCUGUCGGUUGCAGGCACUGCUGAUACUCAGGCCCACACUGUGGAAGAUUUCAGGGUGCACAUCAUCACUUGGAAUGUGGGUUCGGCCACACCCCCUGAUGACAUCACCUGCUUGCUGGGCUUGCAUGUCGGCGAUGGAAACACAGACAUGUACAUCAUCGGGCUGCAGGAAGUGAACUCAAUGAUUAACAAACGACUGAAAGAUGUCCUCUUCACGGACCAGUGGAGCGAGGUCUGCAUGGAGAGACUCAGCCCCUUUGGAUAUGUGCUGGUGACCUCCCAGAGGAUGCAGGGUGUGUUGCUGCUGGUUUUUGCCAAGUACUACCAUCUGCCUUUCCUCCGUGGAGUCCAGACUGAGACCACCCGCACCGGCCUGGGGGGUUACUGGGGGAACAAAGGUGGAGUCAGCGCCCGCAUGUCAGUGUUUGGACACACGAUCUGCUUCCUCAACUGCCACCUGCCGGCUCACAUGGAAAACUCGGAACAGCGCAUGGAGGACUUUGAGAGCAUCCUGCAGCAGCAGCAGUUUGAGGGCCAGGCAGCCUCUGGGGUUCUCGACCACGAUGUGGUGUUCUGGUUUGGUGAUCUCAAUUUCCGCAUCGAUGACUUGGAAAUGCAAGUGGUAAAAACAGCCAUCGACAAUAACAAACUUUCCACGCUGUGGGAGAAAGAUCAGUUAAACAUGGCAAAGGACAGUGAGACCGUGUUGGAGGGAUUUCAAGAGGGUCCCCUCAAAUUCCCCCCUACCUACAAGUUUGAUGUAGGGACAAAUGUAUACGACACAAGUGGAAAGAAGCGUAAACCAGCCUGGACUGACCGAAUCCUCUGGCGCCUAAGAGCCACAGCCCCUGCUGCCAGCCCAGGGAAGCGUAGUUCUACUUCUGGGCUAACCAGCGGAACCAAAGUGACACAGCACUACUACCGAAGCCACAUGGAAUAUAUGGUCAGCGACCAUAAACCCGUCUCUUCCAUCUUUACCUUGCAGUUUCCUUACAAGGUGGAUGUCCCAUUGGUCACGCUCCUGGUGGAGGAUGAGUGGAAUAGUAUUGCUGAAGCUAUAGCCAAAUUCAAAAUGGCACCCAACUACUCUCGCAGUUCCUGGGACUGGAUUGGACUGUACAAGGUGGGUUUCAAACACCAUAAAGACUAUGUGGGAUACGUGUGGGCCAAGCAAGAGGAGGCAGAUUUUCAUAGACAAGAACAUCAGGUAACCUUUACGGAAGAGGAAUUGCCUAAAGGCUCAGGGGAUUUUAUCUUGGGUUACUAUAGCAACAACAUGAGCACCAUUGUGGGUGUAACUGAGCCAUUUCAGAUCCAGCUUCCCACUUCAGGCCAUGACGUCAGCUCUUCAGACAGCUCCGACUUCAGCUCCGAGGAUGACAGCACUGUUGUCCUCAUGAAGUCCAGGUCCCGCAGUCCCAGUCCUCACAAGGGCAAGCACCGCCGCCAUCGCAGCGGCAGCCACAGCCGCUCUGGAAGUCCUGCACAGACCAAAACUGUCACGGAUGGUUCACCAUCCACGACUUCAACAUCUGAGUGUGAACCCACAGAACGUCCAGCAGAUGGCAGCCAGCGGCCUGAUUCUGAGGAGAACAACAAACAGAGAGAGGAGACAGGGGUGUGAUCAUUUUGUCACAAGGCACAAACCAAAUGCUGUGUCUUUUAUUUGAUACAUCUACCACACUGGAUGUUUUUUUUCAUGAAAAUGUGCGGUUUGGGAUGUCAUCGUUUUCACCAUUAACCGCCUGGUUCCUUUAGAGCAGGGGUUUUCAAAUACUUCCAGCGGCCUUCCCCAGGGAGAUAGUAGAAGAUUUCAGAGGAGAUGCAGCCGCUUGAGAAAAAUAAAGAAAAAAACCCUUUUCAAACAUGCUAAGCUUGCUUAGUUAUGUCAGAGCCAGAGUUAAUAGGCUUUUAGUUCCUACAUUGAGUGAGGAAGCCUGAAUGGGGCUUCAGCGUCGUCACUACACCGGCCUUCUGAGAGUGUCUUGAUUGAAUUGCAGCAAUUCUCCGCCAAAACAACUCUUUGACUAGUUGUUUAGUUUCCAGUGUAGUAGUAAACAAUGGCGACGGUGACAUCCAGAUUGUUGUUGAAGCUGGAACCAAUGGAUGUGGAACACCAGUCACUUUUAUUGUACGUGUUGCUCUGAAGCCCCUCAUAUUUAUAUCAUAUUCAUAAAACCGCUCAUAUGUGCUGAGACGCACCUCAAUUUGCGCCAUUGUUUCUUUUGUUUUGGCAAACGUUUUGGAGGUUUUGCGGAAGGGACCAAUCACAGCUCUGCACUUCAUAUCGCCGUUGACGGGAAGUUAGAAUUUUUGAAGGUGACGGUUUGGAGAGGGAGGAGCCAGCCUGCAUUGCUUACGUGGGCGCCUUGACACUGCAGAAUAGUUCAGGCUAAAGUCCACUUAAUCAAUUUUAAGGGGGCGUAGGCGAGAAUCCAACUGUAUUAUACUACUGCACUUUGAAAAUCCCUGCUUUCCUAACUGUUUCACUGCGUCCUGUAUUGUCCCAGUCUCAGACAAUCAUGCAUAGUUGUAAUUUCUUCAUAUUUUAAGGGCAUUUUCACGCAUUGUGUUGGUCUAGCCCAUUUGUUCACCCCAUUGUCUGGGCAGCAAAUACGGGUGCAAAUGAAUGAUGGCAUCUUGAUUCAGUUUUAAAAAUCUGGAGUAUGUUAAAAGACAACAAAGUGGCUAAGCAGUCAUACUGUACUAGUCACCUCUGCAGACUGAAUACGAACUAUCAGCACAAGGCCACAUGAUCGUUCACCACUCCCUUUGAAAAUACAAUGAUUUUAUCAAAAAGAAUUUUUACAAAUUGACACUGUAUAUCCAUGUAAUUACAACAUGUUCUACUGUGGUGUAUAUUCCAUGUAUCCACAUGAACAUGAUGCAACCUGCAGGGGACACUAUAAGUGAUCCUACAGUGAGCACCUCUGCCCGACUACUUGAUAUCCAAGCAGAAACAAAAUAAAUAAAGGCAGAUCGGAGUUUAGGGGGCUCUGCUACUCCAGCCAUGUCAGCAGCAUUGCACAUGUCAGUGCAGAGAGUGAAUGUGAGUGUAAAGGGCUUUAAAUAGACCCCCAAAUGAGCGCAGUGGGAUGUGGCGUCCCAUGGGAGGAUCACUGUCAGCUGACACAGCACAGCUGUCCUGCCAGAGCUCACUUUUAUUGGCUGUAGGGCAGCUGAUAUUGUCAGACCGAUAAGGAUGAGGCUUUUAAUGUGACUCAGUGGGCCUCAACAAACACACACAAAAAUAAUAACUUGAUUUGCUUCUUGCAUGACUGCCAUAUGAAAGAACUUAAUCAUCUGGCCAAAUAUGAGUAGAAACUCUACCAUGUAGGGCAACUACAGGGCUUUGUAUUUGCGUUGUGAACCAAAGCUGUCACGUGACAUUAUUAUGAAAUAUCAACUUGCCAGUGUGAUAUUUCAUUUACAUGAAAGUGUCAUACUUACAUGCUUGGUUUGAUUUCAUUGCAUAUUUGCUAUGUAUGUUUUGUUUCAUCUCCUUGACAGUUAUCUUAUCCUUCACUGAUUGCGGUGAUUAAUUGAUAGUAGCUGUGUUACCUUGUUGCAGUGUGACCUCUGAUGAUCCAUCUAACACACUUUGAUUGUUUGGAGCUCUUAGAGUGUAGGACAGUAUUGUGUAGCUGUAAUCUCAGUGUGUAUGUCUAUGAUUCAAUGUGUCUGGCUGAACGGUGUGUGAUACGACUGCGUCUGCAUGGUGUGAACAUACUCUACAUUCCGGUACUGUGACUUUUGUGCCGUAAAGUGCUGUUUUUGACUGUCAUAACUGUGAAAGUUGUUAGAGAAUUAGCAAAGGUAAUGGUGGUUAAACAUAUAUCUUCCAUGUAAAUGUUAGCUGAAGAACGAAUGCAAGGAUAGUUAUGCCUGCAUACAUCUGAAGGUGUCAAGUGAUUUCACAAUGUAACUAAGUAUUUUAUUUAUUUAGAAAUGAAAAUAUAGUAUAAAGGACCUUUUGUGUAGAGUGAGAUGUUUUUAAAACUAAUAACUGAUUCUGGGGUAAAUUAGAUGUUAUCAGUCAUGAUUAAUGACGAUUAUGAAAAAAAAUCUGUACAGAAUGUUAUUGUUUUCUUAUGCGUCUGAAAAAAUUUAUAAUGUAUGUAGGAAGGAUACAAAUGAAAUAUGGUACAGUAUAACGACAGCAGACAAUCUAUGCCACAAAGUUUAUUUUCCUUGAAUGAUGUAUUUAUUUUCUUAUUUAUAUAUAUAUACAGUAUAUAUAUGUACCUUUUAAAUGAGCCAAAAUUCUGCUGGCCAGUGAGGGAGAAUUAUUUCACUGUAGAAAAAAUAAAUGCAUCAUAAUUUUCUUUUCUUGAAGUUAGAGGAGUGAGCUUUAUCUCUCCAGUUUUGACAUGUUACUUUUACUGUGUGAAAUGUAGAUUGUUUAGUCUACAUGUGUUUCUAGGAUUGCUAAGGAAAUGAUUUAUCCAUCUAUCCAUUUUCUGUACCGCUUAUUCUCACUAGGGUCACGGGGGUAUGCCGGAGCCUAUCCCAGCUGACUUCGGGCGAGAGGUGUGGUACACCCUGGACUGGCUGGGAAAUGAUUUAAAUGCUAACAAAUACUGCGAUGUUUGAUUUGAUAUUUGGCAUAUGCGACCAUGGAGAUUCCCAAAAGUGAUGUGUCACAUGCAGUGCAACAAAAUGAUAUACUGUAGUGUACUAGUACAUCCCUUUAAAGUUGUUUAAAUGUGUGCAUUCUUUUUGUAUGGUUGUCCUUGUCAAUCAUUGCUGGUUUGGUAUAAUGGAUUUUAGUGAAUGAUAUAACAUGCUGCUGAGAUUCAGAAGUGUCGUCUUUGUAAUACAAGGAAGUAAUGUUUUAAAUCCAGGAAAUUAAAGAAUGCAGCCUGACCCUCUAAAA